AUGCGUCAUUCUUUAUGUCGACCUUGCCUCUCUUCAUUUUGGUCUUGGGCUAAUAAACAUGUUGCUUGGUGGCGGUGGUCUUUUUCUACAAAUGAUGAACAAUCUCUAAAUUCUGCGUCAAGUGCUGGUAGUAAAGCAGGUUCUGUACCAAAUCCUAUAUCCUUCGGAAAAACGAGUAAUACGGAAAAGUCUUCUCAUAUUGAACCUCCUGUUGGCAUUUGCAUUCAGUAUCAAGCUAGAAUGUCUUUACAAUUACAAUCAUCACCCAGUAUGUCACUGACAUGUAACCAAUCUCCCGUUUUACCUCAUGGAGUUGGUUCUGAACCUAAGGAAUCCGAUGUCCCGUCAGUCAAUGGAAAAACCCCUAAAUCUCUCCGCUUAAUGCCGCUUGCAGCUUUGGAUCUAUUACGCUCAAGGUUAAGUAAUGCUCAUGAAGUUACUCCAGUAACUUAUGUAGCCACCGACUUAAUCAACGACUUUGUUUUCAGUCAACACAUCAAAAAACUGUUAGUCAACAGCGGUGAUUCCGAUCUCGAUUUAUCUCAUACACUGUGGGACUCAAGUAUUACUAUACCUUACAAUCAGGCGGAACAGAUAGUCUUGUGUGCCUCUUCUUCACCUAAGCGUCGAAGUGGAUAA